AUGUCGACUCACGAAGAUCUGCGUGUUCCCGUCUUGACGAAAGCAUCGUAUCAACGCUGGAAGUUUGAGGUUACUGCUUGUCUCAAGAGCGUCGGCGUCUACGAGGUCGUGCAUGGCAGCGAGGUAUAUCCGACGGACGGAAGACCGGAAGAAAUAAAAGAAUGGCAAAAGAAGGAUGCAAAGGCAAUGCGUAUUCUGUCAGGCGGCUUAAGUGAUGAUGAUCAUUCGGCAAUACGAGAAUGCAACACCUCGAAAGCGAUGUUUAUAAAAAUAAAAUCACUUUACGAGACGAAGACUGAAGCAAAUAAAUAUCUGCUGAAUCAGGCAUUGCACGCCAUGAAAUUCAAAGAAGGACAGUCCGUCCAGAGUUACUGUUCCGAGUUAGCAGUCAUCGUGCAACAACUUGAAGCCAUCGGCGAGAAGAUAACUGACGCAACAUUGGUAGCGAAGUUAAUCAAUGAUUUACCUACAAAAUUCGACACAUUCCGUGAGACGUAUUACAUACAAGCAACAGGUGACAAAACGAUAAAAUUUGAUGACAUCCGUCAACAGCUUGUACUGAUUGAAUCACGAAGAGAUGAAACCUGCAGCAAAUCAGACAGCGGUGAUGCACUUAUCACAAAAUCACAAACGUCAAGUAAAGAUAAAAAAACCGAACGUUGA